AUGCUGGCCGAGUACGACCUGGAGAACAGCAACUUUGACAAUCAAUUGGUGAUUGCGACUCGAACCCGGCUUGAAGACACGGCUGAUCCGGUGGCCAUUCUCGAAUCCACCGACAGUGCGGGUGCCACGUAUAUUGUGGCUAACAGUGACUACAAGCUUCGAACCUUCAAUCGCAGCACGCGGCUCUGUCGACGCACAGUGUUGGGGCCCCUACUGGAUUCACCAGCGCAGCGCAUUCUCAAUGUACCCGUCUAUGCAGACCACCUGCAUCACCGGCUGAUUUGCUUUGCCACCAAUGAGCGAGUGGGCAUGGCCCUCAUGCCGCUGGAUGGACUGCAACACCGCUACACAAGUCUGCUGGCACAUGCAUCUGAGGUGACUGGAUUGUGUGUGAGUCAUGACGGCAAAUAUCUAUUCACAGCCGGAGGACGAGAUUGCGCUGUUCACAUGUGGCAGAUCAAUGCCGACGUCUUGAGUGCACAAGUGGAGCUGCAGGGGACGAGCAUGCCGGCUUUCUUCGAUAUGAUGGAGGGUGGUGCCGAUGGCGAGCUCAUGAAUGAAUUGCGCGAGUACUUUUACUACGUGCAGCUGAGGCGCCAGGGCCUGUCCUCCAUGGCCUCACGUGAGGUAUCUGAUCGCAUCCCGAUUGAGGAUGUGCCGGACCUCUUGCGUGCCAUGGGUUUCUUUCCAACUGAGUCACAAGUUCAGGACAUUUUGAACGAGCUCAAGUUUGGGCCAUUUGCAGCCACCAAGGAGUUUGGUACCCACGCCGAUGUUGAGGAUGUGGUGCGCCUCUACCUCAACCAUCGACCGGCCCUAGGAUUGGCGCCGGAGGAUUUGCGAGCGGCGUUUGCAGACAUCUGCAAGGUAGAAGACGAGCCGAGUGGCUCAUUGGCUACGAGCGAGCUGUUGCGCAUUCUGCAGGAGCAGGGAGACGCAUUGACCGAGGAUGAACUGGCCCGGACACUCGCCAACCUUUUGGGAGAGGCCUCAGUGGCCGAGGCGCUCCCGGAGCGCGUCGAUGCCAGCGUUUUUGCGGACGAAAUCCUCGGUCUCGUCGCGUAG